CCGGUCAAUCAUGAAUGUCAACACAGUCAGACGAUUUUUAGGUACUGCAAAAACUAUCGCAGUCACACGACAAGGAAUUAAGAAGACACUCGUAAGAAGCUGUUCUGUGAAAACUUUCGAACACAAACUCAAACGAGAUGACUGGCUGCAGAGAUACCAAGUGGAAAAAGAAAAAGCACAUGAUGUUACAGGAGUCAGACAGGUUAAUCCGAAAGCCAUAUUUGCCAACAAUGAGACGGGUCUUGAAAGCAUUGACGUCUAUGGAUUUGAUUAUGACUAUACAUUGGCCUCGUACACUCCAGCCUUGCAUCAGCUCAUCUAUGACCUGGGUCGCGAGAGUCUUGUCAAUAAAUACAGGUAUCCAGAUUCCAUCAUGAACAUCAAAUAUGUGAAGGACUUUGCUAUCCGUGGGCUUCACUAUGACAUUCAAAGGGGCCUAAUGAUGAAACUUGACUCCUUCCACAACAUACAGCUUGGUACAGUGUUCAGAGGACUGCAGCAGGUGCCAGACAGUGAAGUGAAAGCCUAUUACAAUGGAACCCACGUCGGUCUCAAAGAUAUGAACACUUUCUAUGGAACCGGCCCCAUGCAUCAGCUUGUUGACCUGUUUGCUGUUCCCGAGAUGACACUUCUUGCUGAUGUUACUGAGUUUUUUAUGCAGAAGGAAAUCCCUUAUGAUCCAGAGUAUGUGUUUUAUGAUGUGAGGUCAGCUGUUCAGGGUGUUCACAUGUCUGGAAUUCUACAUGCAAAAAUAAUGGAAGACCUAGCUAAGUACCUGGAGCGAGGGCCUGAAAUAGCACAAGUACUUAACCGUCUCAUCGACUCCAACAAAAAGCUAUUUCUCAUCACCAACAGUGGCUUCCCCUUUGUGAAUGCUGGGAUGAAGUACCUGAUAGGAGAUGAGUGGAUGGACCUGUUUGAAGUCAUUGUAUGUAACGCAAGGAAACCAAAGUUCUUCAACGAGUCAUCAAGACCAUUCAGAAUUUAUGAUCCGUGUAAAAAGCUUCAAUACUGGGACAGAGUCUCUCGUUUACGUAAAGAUCAAGUUUACCAAGAGGGGAACUUUAAUUUUUUUAGACAGAUGACAGACUGGCAUGGGGCUAAGGUGCUGUAUUUUGGAGACCAUGUUUACAGUGAUUUAGCAGACCCAUCUCUGAAGCAUGGAUGGAAAACAGGUGCAAUUAUUCCGGAACUGGAGACAGAGAUAGGCAAGUCGAAUUCAGAGGAUUUCCAGGCGGCUGUGAGAUGGCUGUGUGUGCUUCAGGACCUGAUAGAAGAAAUACAGGUUGACCAGUGCCCAGAAGUCAAGGAAAUCUUGCACAUUUGGCUUCAAGAAAGAGAUGAGAUUAGAAACUUCACAAAGAGCCUAUUUAACCCAGGAUUUGGCAGUAUAUUUCGGACGUACCACAACCCGACUUACUUCUCCCGCAGACUGGCUCGCUUCGCUGACCUCUACAUGUCCGGUGUCGUGAACCUACUAGAAUACCCUGUCGACCAUACUUUUUAUCCACGUAGGAUGGCCCUGCCCCACGAGUCACCUACAUAUGGGAACAUAGCAGAAUGAGUUGAGUGAAGGAGAUUUGGGGGUGGGGGUUUGGAUGUGGAAGGAUUAUUAAAAACUUAUAGUAAGGCAGGUAGGUAAAAUCUGUUAGUAGCUAUAGUAAGUAGUGUGGAGGUGGGUUAUCCUGAAAGUGAUAGGCAGGUGUUGGUGAGGGCUGAAUUGGCAGAACUAGUAGGUAGGGAUGGGGUUGGGAAAGUGCCACCAGCACUGGUGCUAGUAGGUAGGGCUGGGCACGGGUUCAGAUACAAUGCAAUGUAGGUAUGAAGGUAGAUAGGGAUAUGUGAGAAAUGGUUACUGAGGAGGGUUACUAGUCAGUGUGGGGAUAAACAGGGACGGUAUUUCCCAUGUGGUAGAUAUUGGAGGACGAAAAAGGGUCGCUGAAAAGUACUAGUCAGUGCCGUGAUAUUUUAGAGGUGGUGGGCAGCAGGGUUGGAUGAGAAAUAGUUAUCGUGAAAAAGGAGUCUGUGAUGUGAUAAGCUGGGAUUGUCCUUAGAGGGUGAUCCAUGGGAAUGGGUGAGAAAGAGUUAUCAAGGAGAGGAGGUCAGCUCUGUAAUAAAUAUGAAUGCUAUUUUGUUUGUAGGUACAGGCUGAACAUGUUGUUAGGGAUUGGAUGGCAAAGGGCUACGAGAGGAAGGUUUAUAGAGUUGUGGUAGUGAAGGGUUUUUAUGAAAAUGGUUUUUAGGAGGGGUUGAGAUAGGUGCUGGAAAGGGUAAUAGAUAGUUGAAAAUGCAUUUAACAAACUUCAAUAUCGGAGUGUGGGCUCCAUUGAUGUGUUCAGGGAAAAAUUUUCCCAAGUAAAGAAAUUAAAAUGUGGAUUUGUUUCUUGCAGAAAACUUGAAAGAAAAGUAGGUGUGGGGCUGAUUGUAGGGUUUGGUCUCAGUAUUUUAAAUAACUUAACGUAUAAAUUUAAGAGAAGUUCUAAAACAUCCAAAGCCUCCAGAACCAGCCUUGAUUUUGUCUGCCACUGGAACUGAUUGAACUACAUUUUCACAGCUCAAUCUAUGUGGACAUGGAUUCUUAAUAAAUUUUAGAAAUAGAUGUGUCAUCUUAAAGCAACAAGGAAGGAAGAGGAUCAAUGCAGUCACACUUGAUGUAUGGUACAUAUGUAGUAUUCUUCAGGAUCGGUGUUAGUUGUUGAUAUUCAAUUCUCUUUAACAAUUAUUACGCCUUUGCAAUUGCAUUUACCUAACAAACUUUUCACUGCCAGCUUUUUUUCUUAAAAUUGUCUUCCGCUUGCCAUAGGAAAAAAUCUUCUGUGUUCUGAUAAUAACUUUUGAAAAGUGUUUGUUACAUUUUCUUAAAAGGUCUAAAAAAUAAUUUUGUGCUUCUGGUUUCAUCUUCUAAAAACUGUGGGGGGGUUUCGUAGACAGAGGAAUAUUUUUGUUUUAUUACAUUUUUUUUGUAUAACUUUAUAUUAUAUAGAAUGAAGAUCUUGAUUUUAACAGUGCUUGUCUAAAAUUGGCUAAGAAAGUUCCGAUAGGUUAAUACCAAAAGUUAGGUUCAGUAUUGAAACCAGACACAAACAUGUUUUUUAGACCUUAUAUAUGAAUAAACACAUUGAUUUUCCACUUGAUACAUUGAUGAUUAUUAUUUAGGUCUGUGCACCCACUGUGUCCUACACAGAUCUAGACUGUACAUGUGUAAGCAAUAUUGUAUUAUGCUCCAUUAUAUUUACAGGAAAAAAAAUAAUUCCCCUGACUGCUUUAAUUUCUAUAUAUAGCAUGUCAUGAUGUUUUAGAAACCUUUCUGUGAGAAUACUGCUUCCCUCACCACUGACAUAGCUGAUGACAAGUGAUAUAUACAGUUCAUAUGUAAUACAUGUAUUACUGUGUGAUACUCAUUUAGCGUAAAACUAUUGUAUAAAAAACUACAUCAUUAAACCUAGCUACCAAUGGCAGUAUUUUCUGACAUACCAUUUUCAACCUAAAAAGCACCCUUGAAAAUUGGAAUGGUUAUAUAAAAAUCUUACGAAAUUCUCAAAAAAUAGUGGUAAUAGAUGUUUUUUUUCAAGUCAGUAAGUUAUGGUGAGUACAUACUCCGAACAGAAAAUGGAUUGGGGUUACUAAUAAAGGAAUAGGCACUUAGGUUGAAUAUGAUAGGAGUGAUACAUGUACAUUCAGAGCAUUUACAUAUACACACACAUACAAAUUGUACUGUAAGUUUGAAGACUCAUUUGUAUUGUACAUUUGUAUACCCAUACACCUUUAUUUAAGUUUUAUACCGUACACACAUACAGUCUGCAGUCUGAUGUAUGUCUGUUCACCUUAUGCUGCUGGAAAGUAUAACUCGUGUUUUGUGGAUAUAUUUCAGCUUUAUUGGACAACGGAUGUACAACCACAUUUUAACUUUAUAAUUCAUGCAUAAACAAACAACUUUGCAAGUAUUAUAAAAAAAAUCAAAAAAAAUCUGAGUUCAUAUUUACCUAGUUAUUUCCCUACUGUUUAAUAUAAUGGAGUUCAACUUCAUGACUUAUUAAUCAUAGACUUUCGUGCAUACUGCAGGUGUUUGAUUUUCACUACAACUGUGAACUUUAAAAGAGGUGUUAUGUAUAAACUCCUGCCCACAUUAGUGCUCCUGAUAAAGGACUGGGAUAUGUUUAUCUCAUGUCUCAAUGCACAAGAUGUCCGUGCGUGUCUUAGACAUAGAAAUAAAAGGAGAGGCUACAAUUGAGGUGGAUUGCUUCAGAAGUGACUUUAAAUGUUUCAGUAGGCAUGAACUAAUUAAUCUCAUAUUGAUAAAAAACAGGUUUGUAUACAUAUUUUAAAACAUGCCUUUUAGUUGAAUUGAUACAUUUUUGUAGUGUCAUGCUGAGAGUCAUUGUGAUUGUGUUAUAUAGGGCAAAACGCAUUACUUGUUAAAAUUUCUUGAUUCAGUGUUAGUACUGGAGUUUGUAAAGGAGAUGCGUUGUACCACUCACUCACUUCUGUACAGUGUUGUUUAUUUUUAUAAUUAAAGCAUUAUACAGUAAAACCCCGUUGUAAUGCCACCCAUUAAACUGCCAAACCCGCAUACCACCAUUAAUUUACUCAGAACGGAUUUCCCCAACAUUUAUGCACAUACUGCCAUCCGCCAUCAUAUUUCCAAAACAAAUGGUUAAAAUCACACUAUUUUGACCUCGUUAAAUACCGCCAAUUUGAGUCGAGUACAGGUAUAUCCAGAUGACAGGAAUGUUAUGUACGUGUGUACAUUGUAUUGUUACACGUGACUUUCGACUGACCAGGUAAUCAGCUGUAUGUUUUGCACGCUC